CAUUUUAUACUUUGAUCUGAAAGUCUUACCACUCUCGCAUUAAGCUCUUGAUAUUCUGCAGUUUAAGUGCCAACAGAACAAUUGCUGAAGUUCGUUAGAGAAAAUGGUGAUGGUAAAGUUUGUACCCUUGGAAGAGGAAAUGAAGAAAAAUCCCGAAUUGAAAGAAGCUGACAUUCAAGCUUUGAGGGAUUGGUGUCAAAAACAGCCUUAUCUGCCGAAAAUCAAUGAUAGCGAGCUUGCGCUAUUUUUGCACAGUAACGACUAUCGCUUAGAGCCAACGAAAAUUACCAUCGAUGCAUUUUACACCGUGAGGACUCAUGUCCCCGAGUUCUUUUCAAACAGGGAUCCACUGCAGGCCAAAGAUUUCUUGCACAUUUCCAAAGUGGCAAUUAACAUGCCGCUCGAGCAGCCCACUGGAGAUGGCUAUAAGGUGAUUUACGGUGCUCUACAAGACUUCGAUCCAAGCCACUACGAUUAUACGUACAACAUGAAGUUAUUCGGUAUGGUGAUGGAUCUUUGGCUUUAUCAGGAGGGUACAAUGAAAGGUCACGUAAUCAUCGUGGAUUUAAAGGGUUUGGUAAUGGGCCAUGUGGCACGCUGCAGUCCCAUGUCAUUUAAAAAGUUCUUUUACUAUCUGCAAGAGGGUCUGCCGGUCAGGCUCAAGGGCUUUCACUUUAUCAACAUCAAUCCAGUCAUGGAUGUACUUAUGAACAUUAUGAGACCUUUUAUGAAAAAGGAACUGUUGGACAUUUUGCAUUUGCACCAAAGUGCCGAUGGUAUCACAGCUUUUAAUAUUUCUAAAGACAUACUCCCAAACGAGUCGGGAGGUAAAGCUGGUCCGGUAAAGGAACUCUUUGACAAGGAGUUAAAGAAGUUGGAGCAGCAUCGUGACUGGUUUCUUCAGGAGGAACAAACUCAACGUGUUGAUGAGUCCAAACGCCCAGGAAAGGCAAAGAACGCUACUCAUCUUUUCGGAGUUGAAGGAAGUUUCAAGAAACUUGAUAUUGUAUUCGAACAAAAGGAUGUAAAUGCAUGCGGGGGCGGUCUCGUGUACAAAAAUCAUAGCCGAAGUAGCAAUUUUACCGAGUAUGACAUUGGCUACGAGUAUCAUUACAUCAACAUUAUGUCUGGAAGUAUUAAUUUACUUUCUGUACCUUUCGAGGAGGAAUUGAAAAGAAAUCAAGAGUUGAAACAGUCGGAUAUUAAAUCUUUGAGAGAAUGGUGCGAGAAGCAGCCACACUUGCCAAAAAUUUCUAAUAGUGAAUUGGCUUUGUUUCUGCACAGUAAUUAUUAUCGUAUGGAACCUACGAAAACUACUAUCGAUACGUUUUAUACGGUCAGAACGCACGUACCGGAAUUUUUCGCUAAUCGAGAUCCUCUUGGUGACAAAGAUCUCCGACAAGCUUUUUAUAUAUCGUCUUUUAUGCCUCUUAAACAACUAACCAAAGAAGGUUAUACCGUUUUUUUGGGUAAACUCAUUGAUUUUGAUCCGUCAAAUUACGUAUACAACCACAACAUGAAAUUUCUCAAUAUGGCAAUGGACCUGUGGUUAUAUAGUAAGGGAACCACAAAGGGUCAUAUUCUUCUAUUUGACGUCCAAAAAGUGACCAUUGGCUAUGCGGCACGCUUGAGCCCAUUGGGUCUCAAGAAAUUUUUGUAUUACUUGCAGGAAGCUUUGCCCGUUAGAUUGAAGGGAUUGCAUUUUAUGAAUACCACUCCAGCGAUGGAUGUUAUUUUGGGCAUGAUGAAACCUUUCAUGAAGAAAGAAUUGACAGAUAUUCUGCACCUACAUUCAUCAUUGGAAAGUGUGGCACAGUUUUUGCCCGUUGAAGCUCUUCCAAAUGAGCUGGGAGGUAAAGCUGGGCCAUUGAUGGAACUCCACGAAGCUGAAAUCAAGAAGAUUGAAGAGCAUCGGGAUUGGUUUUUAGAAGAAGAAUCACGUGCUCGCGUCGAUGAAAGCAAACGUUCAGGAAAAGCGAAAUCGGCGGAUGACCUUUUUGGAGUUGAAGGUAGUUUCAAGAAACUGGAUAUCGAUUGAAAUCUGUAUCAUGUUAUCGCUUACCAUCGUGUAUAUUUUCUUUGAUUCACGAUACCUUCAUCAAUAAUAUAACGCGUACAGUAAAUUCUCUUUAUGGAGAAGAUAAUAAAAGUUGAAUGACAAUUUUUGUUACAUCAAUGUUUUAUCAACACUAUAGUAGUCUUAAUGCGCGCCGCGCGCGCUAUAUAACUGCAUAUAGGCUUAUAAAAUAUCAAUAUUGAAUAAAGAUCGGUUUUACUGAGGGUAGUCUCCUUUGAAAUGUUCUGGUCACGUUUCAUUGUUGACUUUAUGAAAGCAUAACUUUGCGGUUAAUUGUAUAUUUUGAAAUUCAAGUUCAUCACCAGAAAGUUAGCAAAUUUAUGCUUCAAAACUAGUUCAAGUCAAAUCAAAAAGCUGGUUCAACGAUGACGUAAUCGAGAUGCUUAUACAGUUAUUUUGACGUAUCUAAGUUUGUUCGGUUACUUGGUAACUUGACGAAACUUGAUCUUUAUUAAUUAAAUUUAAAAAAUCAAGUGCUAUGGCAAUCAUUUUCUACAAGUGUUGAACGCAUAAAUAGAGUAGAAUGAAACUUUUUCAAUAAGCUUUAUUCGAGAAAGCAUCGCGUUGUUUGUCUGUACUGGGAGUGGAAACGUAUAAAAACACGAAGCUUGUCCAAUCGCAGUCUCUUUUUAUUACGAGCAAUUAUUUCCGUCGGUAUAUUAUUAUAGCUGUAGUGAAUAAAGAAAUACUUUCUAAAUGAGAUAAUAAAAAUGAAUCGACUGUCAUUUGAAAAAGUACAAUUAAAUUACUAAAUAAUAAUCAAGCUGUUUUUAUACGAUAAUCGAGCAAGAAUACUAAACAUAGAUCGCAUGAUGUGCAUUAUAUAACACUAACUAUGUUUUCAA